AUGGCCGCGGCCGUACGAGUUGCAGGCUGUUUCCCUGCGCUGUGUAGCUUACCGGCAGGUCACUUCCUGUUGAGGCAGCUCUCUCUAAACACCUUCCCAGCAGCAGCUUCCUUUCUGUCAGCGAAGACUGCGCUCAGUCACGGCGCUUUGUCACCCAGGGGAACAGAAACCAACCACUGUCUUGCCAGCUUGAGCCAUGCACUGCAGACACAGUGCUGUGUUUCCUCUCCCAUCACCUGGACGGGCCAGCAGAGCAGGCCUUACAGCUUCUUCACCAAACUGACCGCAGAUGAACUCUGGAAGGGUGCCUUAGCAGAGACUGGCGCCGGAGCAAGAAAAGGAAGAGGCAAAAGGACAAAGAGGAAGAGGAAAAAGGAUUUGAACAGGGGCCAGAUCAUCGGGGAAGGACGUUCUGGUUUCCUGUGGCCUGGUCUGAAUGUCCCUCUUAUGAAGAGUGGAGUAGUCCAGACCAUUGGCCAGAGAAGCAGAGAAGAGCAGGAGAAGGUGGAGGCCGACAUGACCCAACAGAGAGAAGAGUGGGAACGGAGGAGGAAGGUCAAAGUUAAACGGGAGCGCGGAUGGAGUGGAAACACAUGGGGAGGUGUCAGUAUUGGCCCCCCAGACCCGGGACCCAAUGGAGAAACAUACGAAGACUUUGACACCAGGGUUCUCGAGGUGAGAAAUGUUUUCAAUAUGACAGCAAAAGAGGGAAGAAAGAAGUCAGUCCGUGUGCUAGUUGCUGUGGGGAAUGGAAAUGGGGCCGCAGGUUUUGCUAUUGGGAAAGCCGCUGACCGGGCAGAUGCUUUCAGAAAGGCAAAGAACAGAGCAAUUCAUUAUUUGCAUUAUAUAGAACUGUAUGAAGGCCAUACAAUAUUCCAUGAUAUAUCCUUAAGAUUUAAAAGGACGCAGAUCAGGAUGAAGAAACAACCCAGAGGGUAUGGCCUCCGCUGCCACAGAGCCAUUAUCACCAUCUGCCGCCUCAUUGGCAUCAAGGACAUGUAUGCGAGGGUCACGGGGUCUAAGAACAUGAUCAACCUCACCCGGGGCCUCUUCCAUGGGCUUGCUCGCCAGGAAACCCACCAACAUCUGGCUGAUAAGAAGGGUCUCCACGUGGUGGAGUUCCGGGAGGAGUGUGGCCCUCUGCCUAUUGUGGUGGCCUCCCCACAGGGGGCCUUGAGUAAGGAGCCAGAGCCCGAGCCUGAGGUCCCUGACACCAAACUGGACUGGCAAGAAGUAAAGGCCAUGCAGGGAAUGAAGCGCUCAGUGUGGUCUGGGCUAAAGAGGUCUGCCACCUGAAGGUCCCCAGCCUGUCCAGCAGUGCCCGGGGCUGGCCAGCGCCUGAACAGACUCUAUCCUACCCCUGAUGGGCUGCCUUUUCUUCUUCUUUUUUUUUUUAAAGGAAAG